AAGGGGUGGUGAACUUUGUCCUAGACCUCCCGGCCAACUGUCCGCGCCUGCUUGGAAGACCAGGUCUGGGGCUUGGGUUCCCUGGACAGGGGGUCGUGGGCAGGGCUGGAUAGUGGGUGGGAUCCAGGAGUCUCUUCCCUCCCCACGCCCCUGCCCCCACCCCUCAGCCCGUGCCAAGCAGAGGGUUUUGCCUUCAGGAUGGCUGGGUGGUGGCGAAUGAUCCAUUUCGCCUGCUUCUUGGCUCCCGUGUUCGGUGAGUGCAUGACCAGGAUGUACAACGACACCUACUUCCAGGGCGGGUAUCUGAGGACGGUGUUCUCGCCCAAUGUCCAGCACUGCCAGCUGGUCUGCACCCUCCACCCGCGCUGCCUGCUCUUCUCUUUCCUGCCGGGCCGCUUGACCCCUGAUCCAGCCAAGAGGUUUGCCUGUUUCCUGAAAGACAGCGAAUCGGAGAUGCUGCCGAAGGUGACCGUAGCCGGGGCGGUCUCCGGUCACUCCUGGAAACAGUGCCACCACCACAUCACCGCCUGCCUGAAGGACGUGUUCCCUGGGCUGGACAUGCGAGGGACCAACCACGACGCGGGUCCGGCCCAGAACUGGAGGGAGUGCCAGGCCCGCUGCACCAACGAUGCCCACUGCCACUUCUUCACCUUCGCCACCAGCGCCUUCCACAGCACCGCCCACCGGAACACCUGCCUGUUGAAACACAGCGCGACAGGGGCUCCCACCAGCAUCACGAUUCUUGAGCAUGUCCUGUCCGGGUUCUCGCUGAAGCCUUGUGCCCUUUCUAAGAUGGCCUGCCUCAGGGACAUAUUUUCGGAGACGGCGUUUGCGGACAACGACACGGCCAGGGCGGUGGCCCCGGACGCCUUCGUCUGCCGCAACCUCUGCACCCACCAUCCCUCCUGCCUGUUCUUUACCUUCUAUUCCCAAGAGUGGCCGGACCCGUCGCAGAGGAAUCUGUGUCUCCUGAAGUCGUCCGCCAGCGGGAUUCCCACGUCUCGGCUGUCCAGGGAGCGGGCUUACUCCGGCUUCAGCCUGCGUAGCUGUAGGCAUGGCGUCCCCAUUUUCUGCCAUCCGUCCCUUUACUCCGACACUGACUUCCUGGGCUUGGAGCUGGACGUGGCUUAUGCCAACGGGCCAGCUGCCUGCCAGAAACUAUGCACGGACGUGGCCCGCUGCCAGUUUUUCACCCACUCUCCGCUCCACCAAGCCGAUAACCCCAGGAGGGGGAAAUGCUCCUUAAAAAUGUCCUCCAACGGCUCACCGUCCAAGAUCGUCUACGGCCGAGGAGGCAUCUCCGGCUACACGCUGCGGCUAUGCCAAAUGGACAACGUAUGCAUGACCAAAAUCCGUUCGAGGGUCGUUGGCGGCGUGAGGUCUGCCCGAGGCGAGUGGCCAUGGCAGGUGAGCUUGCAGGUGGUCCAGCCCCGCCAGAAGCACCUGUGUGGCGGUUCCAUCAUCGGGGACAGCUGGAUAUUGACGGCUGCCCAUUGCCUGGACCGGGUGGUAACCCUGGAGGAGCUGCGGGUUUACGCGGGAUUCCUGAACCAGUCCGAGAUCCGCCAGGGCACCCCGUUCUCCCGAGUCCAGAAGGCCAUCAUUCACCGCCAGUACCAGUCCGCCGAAUUUGGGUUUGACAUCGCCCUGCUGAAGCUCGCGGCACCCAUCAGCUUCACCGAUAUCCAGCGACCCAUCUGCCUGCCGCCGGAGGGAGAUCCCACCUUGGCUUUCAGCAACUGCUGGGUGACCGGAUGGGGCUAUGGCAGAGAGGACGGUGAGAUUCAGAACACACUUCAGAAAGUUUCUGUUCCACUUGUGGCCAAUGAGGAGUGCCAGGCUUGGUACAAUCCGAACAGAAUAACAGACCACAUGGUCUGUGCCGGCUCUGAGGAAGGGGACAGAGACACUUGCAAGGGGGACUCCGGGGGGCCCCUGGCGUGCGAGGACCACGGCGUCUGGUACUUGGUGGGCAUCACCAGCUGGGGCGAAGGCUGCGGCCGCAGGACCCGGCCCGGGGUCUACACCAGAGUGUCUGGGUUCUACAACUGGAUUCUGGAAAGCACGCUGGCCUGAACGGAGAGCGCCAGGGAGACCCUCGACUGCAUGGACGGGCCUGGCCUUGGCCUCCUCUAAAUCCCUGGUGGCCCAAAGAAGCUCCUCCGCUCCACAGCCCUGGAACCCUGGAGGGGCAGGGGGGAACAGGAGGGAGGGAGCUCGGGAAUAAACCCGCCCUUGUCCCCUUCUCUGGACAAUGGAGCAUGUUUGCUCAACGGUA